UUUCGCAGAGUGCGGGGAAAGAAAGAAAAAACCCUCGGAAGCGGACCAAGCGGAAAGCAGGAGCGCCGCGCGUUCCUGCUCCUGAAGAACUACAACUCCCAUGAUGCUCCUUCCCGCUAGGCCGCUGGGCAAGGCGCUGUUUCUAUGGCGACCGGAGUCCACCGAGGCCUAAGCACCGCCGCGUCGUUCCGGGGAUAGCGGGGCAGCGAUGCCCGGGGCCAGUGACACCUUGUGGGAUAUUGCUAAAGCGGAAGUUGAAAAAAGAGAAAACCAUGAAGACAGCACAGAUGGUCUGGAAUGUUGGGAAAGAUCACUAUUCUUUAUAGGAAAUAAAAAUGGGGGAAAGACUACUAUUAUACUGAGGUGCCUUGACAGGGAUGAAAUUCCAAAACCAACAUUAGCUUUGGAGUAUACAUUUGGAAGAAGAGCAAAAGGGCACAAUACACCCAAAGACAUUGCUAAUUUUUGGGAACUAGGUGGUGGAACUUCAUUGUUGGACUUGAUUCCCAUACCAAUAACUACAGCUAACAUAAGGACAUUUGCUAUCGUUCUUGUCCUGGAUCUUUCCAAGCCAAAUGAACUGUGGCCAACCAUGGAGAGCCUUUUACAAGCCACUAGGAAGCAUGUAGACAGAGUUAUAACAAAACUGGGACAAACAAAUCCUAAAGCAGCUACUGAAAUUAAACAGAGAAUAUGGAACAAUUUGCCAAAGGACCAUCCAGAUCGUGAACUGAUUGAUCCGUUUCCAAUUCCACUAGUUAUAAUCGGGAGCAAAUAUGAUAUGUUUCAUGAAUUUGAUUCGGAGAUGAAAAAAAUAAUAUACAAGACGCUUCGCUUUGUUUCUCAUUAUUAUGGAGCAUCUUUAGUGUUCACAAGCAAAUCUGAAGCUCUGCUCCUGAAAACACGUACUCUCAUUAACCAUUUAGCAUUUGGCUUUGAUAGGAGCAAAUCCAUGUCAGUGGAUCAGAACAAGCCACUCUUUAUCCCAGCAGGAAUGGACUCUCUUAGUCAAAUAGGUCCUCCUCCUGCUUCCAAUAGUGAUAUUGGAAAGCUGCAUGCACAGACACCUAUGGAUCUAUGGAAAAAGGUGUUUGAGAAGGCAUUUCCACCAAAGAAUGUCGGAGUUUUCAAAGAAGUAAAGGACCCAGCUCAAGAUCCACAGUAUGGUGAAUAUGAAGUCGAUGCUAUGCGUGCUCAGAAGAACCAGGAACUAGAACAGUACAAAAGAAAUGCCUCUAAAACCUGGAAAGAAAUGGAGUUUGAUUCUUGACUGAGAAGUAUGUCUCAACCAGAUUUGAAGCUGCAUUUCAUACAUUUGAGUCAUUAUGUUUUGUACACUUGUAAAAUGCGUAAAAACCCCCAUCAUAAAUACUUAAUAAUAAUUAUGGUCAUUGUUGUUUAUGAUCAGUAUAGUAGAUUGUGCCAGAAUCACUUCUCUUAGUUAAACUCAGUAAGAGAUGACUCAGAUGUUGCAAAACGUUUGAAGAAGAAAAGCAGACACAUUCUGUGUCAUUUAACAUCAGAUAACUGGUUUGUGAAAAGUUCAAAGGACAUUCUGAACAUUAAUCUUAACAGCAGGUCGAUGCCCUGAUCCUCAGUUUCACCUUUGCUGCAGCAUAUUAAAGUCAGUGUGAGAUUGUGAGAUUUCCCCCCCUCCAGUUAAGACACAAUUUUCUGUAUUUUGCCAGCAUAAUAUGAUAAAAGUUGCAUUUCUACUUAGACUAUUGGAAGGUUUGGGCUGUUGGACUAUAGUUUUUAACCAUCACAAAUUCUUUAUGAAUUUUUUGUUUGCUUGUUUGAAUUGAAGUAUUCAGCAAAACUAUAUGAUCUUAAACAGGAAAAUGCAAAGGAAAUUUCUAUUUUUGUAUGACACUUGUAAAUUGCUAUUUUGAGCCUUUUAAACAUUACCACAAACGAA